AUGUAUUACGUAAUAAUGAUGACUUAUCGUUAUUUCAUGACCGAAACACAAAGAAGGUAACUAAGGAAGCUGAUCCAAGCGAUAUAGUUUAGAUUAUUUGCAAAAUUCGCCCAGUACUCGAAUGCGACGAUUGACUACUUGCCACUAACUUUUAUGUUGGGGUAAGUCUAUGUAAUCGUUACGAUAGCCGUCUGCGUUUACGCAGACUACUAUCGUUCAUUACUCAACUUAACCGUACAUUUCGUUUCAGUUUCUUUGUGAGCAUUGUGGUAGACCGUUGGAAGAACAUUUUUGCCAACAUCGGCUUCAUUGAUGAGUUUGUGGACUUUAUUAUAUCUUUACAAUAAAGGCAUAUACAGUUGAAAAAAUAUAUUUUUUAGUGCCGCAAUAUACAUCAGCGCAGUGUUUUGGGGGAAGGAAGGGCGACCAAUGAAGAUGCGACGAAAUGUCUUACGAUAUAUGGUCCUUACACAAGUCCUGGUUCUUCGAGACAUCAGCUUGCAAGUGCGGAAGAGAUUUCCAAGUCUGGAGUCCAUUGUGAAUGCAGGUAGGGGAGCUUUUUAAAGCGUACUAACCCACUAAAUUACUGGGCUUUUUAAAGCAUACUAAUCUUAUAAAUUACUGAGCUUUUUAAAGAGUACUAACCCCAUAAAUUACUAGUUUUUUCCUUCUUUUCUAGGCUUUAUGAUGCCGCAUGAAAAGAAACUCAUGGAUCAGGUCACUGACAAAUACAACCGCUAUUGGUUGCCCAUUCAUUGGGCAUGCACAAUAUGCCAAGACGCGAGAAAUGAGAACUACAUCCGAGGUGACGCUCAAGCCUCGAAUAUUAUCCGAGAAGUCAUCAACUUCCGGUCUUGUCUGCAAGUCCUUUGCAACUAUGAUUGGGUAAUACAAGCCUUCCUAUUACUUUCAAUUUUUUGAAAGUUUUUAUAUCAUAAUCUUUUCAGGUGCCGGUUCCGUUGGCGUAUCCACAAGUCGUGUUUAUGGCGGUUCGCAUGUACUUUAUCUUGUGCUUGAUUUGUCGUCAGUUCUUGUAUCCCGGUGACACUGUGACACGCACCGUCUACACGAUGAUCGACUUAAAAAUACCUGUCAUGACUAUUUUACAAUUCAUCUUUUACAUGGGCUGGUUGAAGGUCGCUGAAGCGUUGCUUAAUCCGCUAGGGUAAGAAUUUUGAAAUUUUUAUUGAGUUUCAAUGUUAUCUUCUUCAGUGAGGACGAUGAUGACUUGGAAUGUAAUUAUAUCAUCGACCGGAAUGCAACGGUAAGUCAGAUUGCAAGAAGAAUGCAUAAAAAAGAGUGUACCAUUUGCAAACGUUGAAGUGAAAAAAAGCAAAGAAACGAGGCCCUCAAAGUCCCAUCUUCUAUGUUUGUAGCAUGAUCUGUCUUUCAGAUUGCAAUGUAUUUGGCGGGACCUUGUAACGAAGUCGUUCCCGAGAUGAAAGACGACUCCUUCAUGUACGGCUACACUCCGCUGUACUCGGAGGAGGCGUCGAAUCAAACAAUUCAUCCGCUGAUUGGCUCGGCCGCCACCAUUAUGCCGGAUCUUGUGUCCAACACCCGGGUAUGUUCUAUUUUCGAACAAUUGAAGAAUGUGCAGUGGAAGACCUGAACAAGUGGCAAAAAACGUACCCUUUUGCAUCCAGGAGGCAUCAAAAAAUGUGGCAAAAUACCUCCCUUUCCAAGUGAAAAAAACUCAGAUUUCAAAAGCGCGCCCGCUCUUUUUAUGAGGGAAAGCCCUUCGAAACGGAGUAUUUUCACUUGGAGAGGGAAGCAUUUUGCCGCAUUUUUGAUGCUUCCCGGAUGCAAAAUGGCACGUUUUUUGCCACUGGAUUGGGUCCUUCACUGUACAUGUGUGUAACAAUAAAAGAAAUUGAUUUUUUUUGCAAAACUUUGCUUCUGAGUUGUGCUUCAGAUGGUCCCAAAAAACGAUGACGAUUCGAGCUCCACUUUCUCACAAGAGACAACGCGAAAUUUGCGGAACAUGUUCGGUCUGAGAAACCGAUUCAAAAGCCUGUGCAGAAAGAAGAGGUCCAUCCGGCCACAAGAGACGGUCAGAGUGCUCGAUUUGAAAGGCUACCAGAGCUCACAGGGAACUCAAUCCACAACAAUAUCCGGCAGUGUUCCGAUUACACGUAAGAUGGAGCCGCUUUACGAAAAACCCCAAAAUUUCAGUGGAGCCAGAAUCCCUUCAAUCAGAGCCGACCGUCGGAAUUGCCUCCAACGUAACGCUUAUCAGUUGCGGAGAGUUGUCCAAGAAAGAGGCGGACCGUGGAAGAGUAUGA